AUGGAGGCAUCGGAGGCUCAGGCGGUUUGUGAAGACGGGUCACAUCACGAUGAGACUAAUCCUGACAACGAGGAUCGACUUCCUCAGAUAAAUGAAGCUGAACAGAGCGAUCAAAGAGGACUUGAAGGAGAUCCUGUUUCAGCAAACGCAGUCACGGACACAUUUGUAGAAAACACAGCAGAGUCACCCCCUGCUUCUCCACACCAUGUGACAGACUCGGACGAUGGAGUAAACAAACCAAAUGCAUCUUCCACAAACAGUGAUGGAUCUUUCACCGAGACCGAUGCUGAUGUGAUUUCUUCUGUUGGUACGACGGGAAAUGAAGGCGACUCUGCGCUUACUCCUGAAGGAACAUGUGAAACCUCAUUAAGUGAUAAUAUUUGCGAUUCUUCUGUCGUUAAACCAGACGGCCCUGAAGUGCAUUUAGCCAUUGUUGAUUCUUCUGCCAUGAGCCAAGAGUCAAAUGAAUGUCUACAAAGUUCUCCUACCGUCUCUACGAUCUCUACCUCUGACUCCAACACUAUCGUUUCCUCUUCAAGUCCAGUCCAUUCCAGAACUCCUGCCCCAUCCCAGGCUUUGCCCGACCCCUUUGACACGGACUGCAGCCGAAACCUCAUCUCACAGAUCCAGCAUUCAUUGUCACAGGAGUCGCUGUUGGAGGAGCUAGAAUCGGAGCUUUUAUCCACCGAACACAAACAUUUAAAUGGAAUGAACGAAAGAGCGACAUUAAAUGGACAGUCCACAGAUCAGGAGGACUGCAUGGCUGUGUUUGAGAAGUGUGUGCAGCAAAAGUACCAACAACAGGAAAAGGCCAUUCAGAGGUUGUUGGAGGAGAAUAAACGGCAUCAAGAGCUGAUUUUGGGCAUUUGCUCCGAGAAGGACACCAUGAAAGAAGAGCUGAAAAAACGGUCUGAGACGGAGAGGCUUCACAUGGGGACGAUUAAUAAGUUGGAGGGACGAGUGGAGCAGCUGCUGGGAGAGUUGAAGGAGUCCAGAGACAAACUGUGGCAGCGGGAACAGGCUUCCAGAGCCUCGCUGCAGCAGAUGCAGAAUGAGACGUCCCACAGACUGGACCAGAUGAACAAAAAGUGCGAUGAAGCCCGACAGGAAAAGGAGGCGAUGGUGAUGAAGUAUGUCCGAGGAGAGAAGGAGGCUCUGGACCUUAGGCGCGACAAAGAAAGUCUGGAGAAGAGGCUGAGAGAGGCUACGAAGGAGGUGGACCGUCAGGCGCUCAGAGGGAACCAGCUGGCCCAGGACAAGGGCCGGCUGCAGCAGGUCUAUGAGGCCAAGGAAGGGGAAGCCAACAGACUCGCUCGGGAAGUGGAGAAAUUAAAAGAAGAGAUCAACUCUCAUCUCAUCAAAGUCAAAUGGGCACAGAAUAAACUGAAGAGUGAAGCGGACGCACACAAGGAAACUAAAGACAAGCUCAGGGAGACCACGUCCAAACUGUCUCAGGCAAAAGAAGAGACCGAGCAGAUCCGGAAGAACUGCCAGGACAUGAUCCGCACAUAUCAGGAGUCAGAAGAGAUCAGGUCCAACGAGCUGGAUGCAAAACUGAAGGAGACCAAAGGAGAGCUGGAGAAACACAAGCAAGAGCAGACGGAUCAGAUAGAGGUUCAUAGAGUAAAAGCUAAAGAAUUGGACGAUCUGAAGAAAUGCUACAAAGAAUCCAUGGAUGAACUGGAGACGCUGCGCACAAAGCUGAAAUGUUUGGAGGACGAGAGGCCGCGCUGGGAAGACGAGCUCAGCAAGUACCGAGAGAUCAUCAACAGACAGAAGCUCGAGAUCGGAAAACAGAGAGAGAGGCUGGAGGAGGCAACACAACUGGAGCGGCAGCAGCUACGGGACCAGCAGGAGAUCUCUGCUCUGCGUGAGGAGGUGGACAGCCUGACCAACCAGCUGUCUGACCUGCAGCAGGACGUCCAGGGCAGCAGAGAGCGAGAGGCCGAGCUCCUGGUCUUCACCGAGAAACUGAGCAGUAAGAACGCCCAGCUCCAGUCCGAGAGCAACACGCUACAGGCCCAACUGGACACGCUCUCCGGGGACCACGCCCAGCUCCAGUGUCUGCAGGACCAGACCAGCCGCCAGCUGGAGGAGAAGCCACAACGGAGACGGGAGGGGGGAGGAGAUGCGCGCAGCUGA